AUGGUUGCGCGACCACGCUUGAUAGGCUUGCUGGCCGCACACUUUGCGUCGACAGAUGUAAGCCGUGUUGACCGGUUGCGGAGACUACUCCGAUCCGUUGAGGAGCAGACAAUGCCGGUACCCCUGCUUGUGAGUUGGUCGGCAGAGGAUGCUGACAAAGCCUUACGGGAUGCCGUGGCCGAAAGAGCCUCUGCAGUUAUUGAUGACUUCCAAAGCAGGGGUGUCAUCCACGCGAUGCCUCGAUUGAGGGGUCGACGGGCGCAGUUCCAGCACUAUGCGCGCUUGCGGGAGAGCUUGAAGCGCCACAUCUUGCCAUCAGAUCAACCUUGGGUGUUCUUUUCGGACGAUGACGUUCCUCGGCUGCUCUCCGUCUCCUUGGUGAAUGUUGAUAUGUUGUCGCUCCCCGCUUACAACCCUCGCGCAGCCGAGGAUAUGUGGCAUCCACGCAGGGCCGAGGAGUACGCAGCUGCGAUUCAGGAAAGGCCGGACGACGUCCCGGUGGUGCACUCAAGGAUCCAUUUAUCACCUGGUCUUGGGCCGCGCUUGCCACUGGAUGCUACAUCUGCAGAAGUGACGCGGAUGGAGGCAAAUGGACUACUUCGCCUGGCUAUAAGCGCGGAGGAGGAGAACCCUGGCCUCUUUGGCACAGCAACCGGGGAGUACUUCGAUGCAGCUGCCAAGUUCGAGGUCUUUAACGAAUUCUUCGAUCGUCACAACGAUCAGGUGAUCGCAAAUCAAUUUGCAGAUAUCCGUUUCAGAACGCACCUCCUGAGGGGUGGUACCAAGCGGGUCUACCGCUUCAUGCCAACUGGUGGCACCGCAAACGCUGGGCAUGACCAUCUGCCGUGGAUGUAUUUCUAUGACAGGCCAACCAUGCCUUACAGCACGGCUCCGGGCGAGGAGGACCUGGAAUAUGUUUCCGAGGAGUUGCCCGACCCCAGGACUUUCAGCCUCCUUUUGGCUAUCUGCCAAUGCGGCAGUGCCGCCAAGACCUCCUCUUGGCACAAGUCGCCUCCAGUGGAGGCAACAUCCCUUGUUCGGCAGAAGAGCACCGGGCGCCUCUUCACGAUCAUGCGGGAGACGAUGUGUAUGGGAACGCCCUACACGAUGAAUGCUUCGGCUCACUGCACGGGUUGGACAGGCCUGACAGAGGCAGAGUGUGAAGCAAAGUGUUCCCAGAGUGCACAGGCAGCUAACUGCCCAGCGAAGUCAUGCCAUGCCGCUGUGUUCCACCCUCAGAAUGGUGGAUGCAAUCUCUUCAGCAACUGCGAGCAAGUGGAGCCUUCAGCAGGAUCCGUCACGCUCAUUGACCAAGGGAUGCUGAGAAGGGAGCAGGAGAAGGAACAUGAAUUGCAGGAGCAGAGCGAGGAGCCUGGCCCCACACAUGAGCUUAUGUCGGCGAUGCCCAUUGUGAUGCUCAACUUGACCAACUUCUCCACCAUGUUGCACAACAUUGACCUGCCACGGAGCAGAGAGGUCCCAUACGUAGCGGGAAACGUUACAGCCGACCUCGAGAUGUUGUAUGACAAGGUCCACGGCUUCCUCCUUGUUCUCCACGAGCGCAUGGCUCCGGGAGAUGGACUGAAGUACUGUCCCUUCAAGACUGAGCAUGUUAUCCCAACAUGCAUCACAAUCGCAACUUGCAUCAUUCAAAAGGUUAUCCCUCAAGAGCUCUCCAUGGAUGCUUUCGCAUCUCUCAUGGAGCAGGUAGCCCGCUUCGGGGAUGUUACAUGGCCUUUACUCAAGACGGCAUUGAUCGGCGAGAAGGAGCCAAAUGUGGCUGCGGACGAGAGCAUUCCAGAGCUGUAUCGCUGUGAUGGAGUUCACGAAGCUGAUCCACACUCGCUCGUGAGUCCUUCAUUCGUGCAAACUGAAGCAAAGGCGGCAGAGGGUUCGCAGCACGCGGAGACUCUGGCGAUGUCAUCGGCAAUGCGCCAUGCCUCGGCCCACACACAUCGCAUCCUGGAUGCACAUCUUAUGAACUCGUCCAUGCAAACGACGGCCAUGCAGUUGGAGAAGCUGUGGCACCCGAUCUGUAAAAAACUUCCCUGUGAUCCGUCCAACAUGUACGAUGUCUUCCUCGCCUGGCACAAGCAGAGUGUCGCUCUGUUUCAGACUUCUGCUGUUGGACAUCUCAAUCUGGAGAUUCGUCAGCGCGUGAAGUUUGAGCAGCGGCUGCAACGCUUUGUUUCCGAGCACUUCUUUGAGAAGGUCACCUUUUUCAACCACCUUGCCGUGCUGCCUAGCUCACGUGAGUCCGUGGUGAACUAUGGCAAGCGAGGACGCGAGGCCGUCAUUGGCUUGAUCAUUCCGUUCAUGCAAAAGAUGGCAGACAGCAAGUCAGAGAAAGCAAUCCGGUUGGUGGAUCACGUGGAGCUUGUCAAGUUUGCGCUGAACAAGGAGAAAGAGCGGAGGAUGCAGGCUUCCCAGCCUUCCCAGCUCGCACUCAGCACAGAUGCAGACAACGAUGAGGAUGACCACGACCUUGAGGAUGAUGUGGAUGACAGUGAGGACGACGUUGAGGUUGAGCCAUUUGAGCCUUAUCACCGCACGGAGGACUUGGGCCCUUCGUCUGAGAAUGUGUCACUCCUGUCAGAGGGCGUGAACACCACAGAUGGUUUCGCUUCUUCUCAUUGGUGCACAAGGAAUACGAUCGUGUUCUGGAACCAUAGGCACCAACAUUACGUCCGUAUGUCCAAUUCCAGGGUCGAGCGCGGACCCAGGGGAUGGGUUGAAGACGUUCCGCUUGGCUGGACCUGGGAACGCUUCACCUGCGUCGAUCUUGGGGGUGGUGUUUUUGCAUUCCACAACACUUUCCACAACCGCUUUCUGCGCAUGAACGACCACUUCAGGAUGGAUCGGAGCCAUGAGUGCAACAAGGACAAGAUUCCUGCAAACUGGGAUUGGGAGCGCUUCAAGAUGAAGGACAUGGGCAACGGUCACUGGGCACUGUUCAGCGUGAAGUGGAACAGAUUCGUGAAGAUGGACCAUGGAGACGCUCUCGUAGCGAGCGGCUGGCGGAAAGGUGCAUGGGACAUCCCCUCAAGUUGGGACUUCGAGAAGUUCUACAUUCAGAAGGCAUCAACCGAGGUUGCUUCACCAGCAGCCUACUGGUUCGUGGGCAGAACGGUGGCCAUUUGGAAUCACAAGAACCAGCACUACGUUCGCCUCAGGAAGGGAAAAGUCGAGAAGGGAGGCCACGGUUGGAGAGAUCCAUUCCCGAACUGGGGUUACGAGCGGUUUCAGCCAGUUAUGGCCGGGCAUGGCGAGGUGGCCUUCUACAACGCAGAGAACCGCCGCUUCCUUCGCAUGAACAACGACAAGCUGGACGAUAGCGACAAAAUGGACAUAGGCCACUUGCAUGAUGGAAUGACAUGGGAGCGGUUCAGGAUCGUGGACAUGGGAAAGGGCCACGUGGCCCUGUACAACUCCCACUUCAAGAAGUUCGUGAACAUGCGGAACUGGAAGAGCGAUCUCGGCACCACCAAUGGCCAGAUGGAGUACUGGGACGUCCAGACGAGCUGGGGCGAUGAGAAGUUCUUUAUCGUGGAAGUCGGCGAGAAGAAGAACUGCAACUUCUGGUGCCGCCUCCGCCGUGGCCUCGAGAAGGUUGUCGAGGUGGUCAGCGCUGUUGUGGAUUUUGUCAAAAAACUCCUUGAGUGCUUUGGACAAUGGGUGUUCCUGGAAUCCGCCGGCUAUGGUCGUUCAAUUAGCACGCAUGCCGCCAUCAACUUUGGUGUGUCCGGUGGUGUGAGCCUGCCCAGCAUCAAAUCCCUCAUCCAGGGCGCAAGGGCGCCGGGCGUAUCCGUCUCGGUAUGGGCGUCUUUGGGCGCAGGCGCCACUGCGCAGUGGCUUUGGUCGGGUGUUGGCGUGUCGUUGUGGCUCAGCUGUGGCGGCGCCAUCGACGACAGCCAUUCUGGCUGCUACUUCGGCAUCUCCGUCGGAGCCGUGUUUGCAGCUUGGGCCAAGGCAUGGGGAGAUCCACAGUGCGUCUUUGGUCCUACCAUUUUUGGUGCAUUUGAGUGCGCCAGAUCGGUCGGUGGCACCUUCCUUCUCAUUUGCUGCAGCUACAGCAUCCUGACCGGGGAGAACAGCUGCCGCUGA